UUCAACACAGUGCAUGUGGACGCAACCUGAAUUGUUUGAUCGUGAGGUGGUUGAUCAACUGGACCGCAUCAGCUCUCGAUUGAACAUGUGCGACUGACAUUCUCACAAUUACAGUGUUUUUUUUCCCUCAAAACGACCUUCGAUAUCAUAUUCGUUUUGUAAACAGAAAUGCUGUAAAUCACGCCCCGUCCUUCAUCCGGUCUGAGCGCCGCCAUUUUUAUUGUUUUCCCUUCUCCUUAGCUAGUGUCCUAAGCUAGGUCAUGUGCGAAUUUUGAAAAAGUAUGGAAAACGAACUGACAACCAAAACCCCGUACGUCUGUAAGUUCUCAAUACCAGAAACAGCGAGACUAAUCAAAGUCCGAGUAGAAAAUGAUGAACUUUUUGAUGGCAAGAGAAAUGGAGCCAAGGCAGCAUGGAGUUUAAUUAUAAGGGAAAUGGGCCUGGAAGGAAAGGCCACCACCGAGCAGGUCGCCAAGAAAUGGGACAAUUUGAAGAGAAAAUACAAGGAACUGAAGUGCGCCACUCCUGGCACUGGCCCGGACCCGGUCUCGUGGUACUGGUUCGGCACAAUGGAUAAGAUCUUUGGGCACAAGUACGCCUCCUCGCAGACCAGCACCCCAGAGCCCUCUCCCAGCCGCCCUGCCAAGAAGCAGCGCCUGCUUCAGCUGGGUGACACGCUGGACCUCAUGUCCAACGGACUGCUGCUGGAUAACCCAGAGGGAGAAUCAUCAUCAUCGCUGUCAGGCGUUCGCACCGAGAUCGGGGUGGACGGCACCGUCAGGGCCAUGAAGCAGCCGUUGGACACGGACAUGGACGCCGAGCUGGAGAGCCUGAGGAGGGAGCGGCAUGAGCUGGAGAGAGACCAGUCUGAGAUGGACAGGGAGCGGCAGACACUAGGCAGAGAGAGGGAGCUGCUGGAGAGAGAGCGGGUUACUCUGAAGAGAGACAAAGCUCAGCUGGAGAAGGACUGGGCCAAUGUGGAGCUAGACAGGGCUGCUGUGGAGCGGGACAAGCGGCGCCUGGAGAGGCAGUUGACAGCGCUGGAGACGGAAAAGCUGGAACUGACUAUGGAGAUAGAGAGGUUAAAACCAGCACAUGAUUCCGACAACAGUGAAGGAAAUUCGACAGCUCUAGGUGACAGACAGAAACUGAGGUCCCUGUUUGAGAAACUCCUCGAGAAAUUUUAAGGCUUGUGUUCCAUUUAAGACAAUGAAGGAGACUCAUUUGGUGACUUGCCUGAGGACUGAAUGUUGACCAGAAUGUCCUCACAAUACUUUAAAUGGUACAUUCAUCCUGCUGUGUCUCCCCCAAUGCUUUUGCUAUCCUUAUAUGUUGAACAGAUACGAAAUUACAUGAAACAUUCCUUGUAACCACAGUCAAAGCAAUUGAAUAUUUAAAUAAGAAUGAUUUGUGUUAAUAGCACAUAAUUAGAAAGCAUUUUUUUUUAUUGCUGGCCUUCUGCCCAAUGCCUUAAAUAGUCCAUUCUUAAGUUUUGUUGAGCUGACUGGUUACUUAUGUCUAUUGUGGCCUUCAAGAGGCAGAUAUCAUGACAAUGGUCAUAAGCAUUGCUACUUAUUUUUUUCUGUGUGUACUCAAUAAAUGCUGAAUGUAUAAACUGCGUUACUGAGGGUGAGUAACCAAAGCAUGCCCCUUAACAACUGUGAAAACACUUUGGCCCAUUCGGAAAACAAACAUUACAACAAUGGGUUAGAAAAGUUGGUCUGCUCAGAGGCAGAUAUUUAUUUUGAAAUGUUUUUUUAUUCGUUUUCAUUUAAAGUUAUAUAACACAAAUCAAUGUCAUACAACCACUGGUGCAGUAACAAUAAAACUGGUUCUCUCUCAACCAA